AUGUCCCAAUUCACACCGAUCGUUGUCCGUGGCAAGCGCUCCGCCACUCGUGAUGAGAAGUGGACCUCCGGCAAAAGACAUCGCAACGGCCUCACGAUCGAAGCAUUAGUCUCGGUAGACAUAUCAGACCCUUCCAAACCAUAUGACUCAGCCGAGGGAUCUGGGUCCAAGCCACGCAAGCGCAGACGGCGUCUCGUAUAUUUGUCCAGGCUCGAGGAGCUUCCCACGGAAAUCCUGCAAGUCAUCUUCGACUACUCAACCAACAUCAACCUCGCCUUCGCGUCACCACGGUUGAAAGAUCAGCUUCGUAGCCAGCAUCUACAUUCACAGCUGACGUCGCAUAUUCUGGGCACUGUAUUGAAUCGCGAUGACGAUCACAUCACCUUAGAUACCGAGCUUGCUGCGGCCACCAGAUUGCUAGGCUGCAAGUUUAUGACCUGGGACUUCUUCAAAACAUGGCUGCAAGAGCAGCACGCAGGUGUCUAUGGGACGACCGACCACUACCUGACGGCCUGGUCUGGAUUACGGCCAGCUCAGGGACUUCUCCCGCCAGUCAAGCUGCUUCACGGUCCUUGGACAUCAGAGCGGACAAGCUUUCUUCGCAUUUUCAGCCGCGAGGUAGGUGACCUUGCGGCUCUCAGCUCGAUACAUCAUGAGACUGCUGCCAACGGAAUUUCGCAAGCAGUAGCUGAGAGUGCGAGGGAUGCUGUGGGGACGUUGCUGUCAAUGGGUGUGAAGCCCACAACAGAGCUUCUCCGUCAAGCGGUCAUAGAUCAUGGCUGCGACAAAGACAUCGUAAUCGCCUUGCUAUCGACUUCCACGAGCAACCAUGAGCCCGCACGCACAAACUCGUCCACCCUCAUCGAUCUGCUUGACGCAGCGCUUUGGGCGUGGGCGGACAACGCACGUCAAAAUGGCGAUGAAAAGGGUGUCUGGCUUGUACGGUUGCUAAAGUCGAAAGCCACCGACUACUCCGUUAGCAGAAUGCAGCUGCACGAUGCCGAAGUCAAUGUCGCUGAAGCAUAA